AGCCUAUCUGGAGAGGAACUAGGGAUGGGAUUGAGGGCUGGGCCUCAGCGGCCGAGCUAAAGUUUAGGCCUGAGAUAACGGGGAGGUGCUAAGGUUAAAGUGGAACAAAGAGGGAGAGGCCCGGAAUGAACUGGGAGGACCCGGAUGAAGAGCGCAGCGGAAGCUCAGACUUGGGCUAAGACAACGCAGCCUAGAGCGGAGGGAGGCGGGAGACUGGGCAAGCACGAGGCGGAGUUAAGGGCUGGACUGGGGCGAAGCUGAGAUUGGGGUUUACGUUGGACUCGGCCAAGCUGAGGUUCAGGGUUGGACUUCUGCGAGGAAGAGUCUUGUAGAGACGAAGAACUAGGCUGAGAGAUAUGUGGGUUAGGACGACACUGAGGAUUGAAAGGUGGACUAAGGAAAAAACUGAGGACGAUGCCAGCUGAUGGGACGAGAGCGGCACCGAAGGAGCUCACCAGGGACCAGUAGAAGGAUGACCGAGUGCCACUGAAAGCCCAGCUGAAGUCCCCAAGCAGUCAGCUACCUUCCUUAAGCAGGAUUCAGCUCCAGUACCCCAAAGGACAAAGCUAAGUGGCAGAAAAAGGAAGUGGCAGACUCUACCCUGUGGUUGCUGAUGGAGCUGCUGCCGGUUGGAGUUGUCUUUGGGAACACCCUGGGACAAUUCCUGGAACCGUCCCUUCUUGCCUAGACUCUGGCUCACUCCUAUUCAUGACUCCAGAUUCAGCUCCUAUUAUGCUUCUUCCAAGAAGGUCACCCCAUCCCCAUCUCAGUAGGUGUCCUUGUUCUGUCCUCCCACAGGCCUUUGUCCCCACCAUUUCCCUCCCUAUGUCUGCCGCACACUACUGUCAUGCACUGUUCCACAGACCUCUCCUGCCUCUCCCCUCCUCAUGCCCUCCCCCAGCCCCUUGACAGCAGGGACUGUUGUGUUGUUCUUUUAAUCUCUGCAUCUUCUGGGGACUGCACCUGGAGCUUCUCAGGAAAUGUUUUUUGAAUGAAUGGUAUGGGGAGGGGGGCUGCUGUUACACCUCUGUACUCUCUCAGAUAUAAACAGGUUACCCAGCUGGGAGAGAGGACAUCUGCUGGCUGGUGUAGCGUCCAGCACUGACGCAUCUACCUUCUCCUCUGAAGGUGAAUUCAAGGACACUGACAGGUGCUGCUGGAAACACAGAAAGUGCACCGGGCACAUCAUCCAUCCCUUCACCUCUGACUAUGGCCACCACGACGUGCACCUGCACUGUAUCAGCCACUGUGACUGUGAUUCUAGGCUGAAGGACUGCUCAGAGAAGACAUAUAGCAGUUCCGGAGAUGUGGGCCUAACCUGCUCCCAAGAUGUGGACUCGGCCUGUUUCAACAUCAUCCAGUGCCCAUGCUUUGAGCUCAUCCCAGAGGGAGAGUGUGUGGAGCAGUUCUGGUGUGGCUGCUACAGGCCUGUCUCUGUGGCAGUGAUCCACCAUCCCAUCCACCGUGAGUGCGGGGCAGAUGACCUAAACCAAGAAGAGGAAGAGAAGGAGGAGGAGGAGGAGGAGGAGGAGGAGGAGGAAGAAAGCAAGCCUCCCAUCCCGACCCAGGUGGGGCCCCCUGCCCUCCUCACCAACACAGGUAUGGGCAUGGUCACAGGUACCCCUGACUUAGCAACUCCCAUCACCAUCUGGCGUUCCGAAAGCCCCACAGGGAAGUCCCAGGGCAAUAAGAUGAUCAAGAAAAUAAAGAAGAAAAAGGGAAAAGAGAAAGACAAGGAGGAGGAGACGGAUGAAAAAGCAAAGGUGAAGAAAAAAGUCAAGAAGGGCAAGUUGACUAAGAAGAAAAGCCCAGUUAAAUCAGAAUCACCUCCAGACUUAAGCCAAUCGUUAAGCCCAAGAGAGUUGGCCAGGAUGUCAGAGUCCAGCCCAGACAGCUGGCGAGAUCUGGACAGUUACAAUGACCCUGGGCGGGAGGAACCCUCCAGUAAGGAUAUUGUGGAGUCUUUAUCACCCAGGAAGAGAGAGAAGAACGGGGUCCAGGCCACGAAGCCCAGGAUGAAGACCUCACCAGUCAAGAAGGUCAACAUGAGGAAAUAUCCCCCAGCAUCAAACCCCAAUCUCAGUUGAGGCCAGGGCGACCAGGGCGAAGAAUAAAUACGAUCAAACCUG